AUGCCCACUCAACAAGAAGAUCUUCUGCUGUCUCUUCAAUCGUCUUUGCGCAAUGCGCUUGCAACCUUCGGAUCUACCAGCUCACAGUAUCUGAAUAUCAAGUACAUGGUGGAUGAGCUUGCGACAAAGAUCGCUCUCGACAGAUUGUCACUCGGUCCAAGCGACAUGAGGGACGCCUGA